AUGAGCGAAAAGCCAAACGCGACGAGUCGGAAGUUUCAGACAUUCAACUUAAAAAAAAAUUCGCUUUGUGAAAUGCUUCAAAUGGAAAUUGAAAAUAUGGAGGAGAAAUCAUCAGCCGCUCAAAUUCAAUUUCCAUUUCAUCAAAAAUUGGUUGUUGUUGGGCUACGAGAUAAACAACAACAAAAAGUUGAGUUAAGGGAAAAAUCGAUAUUUUUUCCGCCUCCACUCGAGCUUCAGUGGCUUCAUCACACGUCAUCGUCGUCAUUACCAUUUUUUUCUGUAAAACGAAGAGAAAAGUAG